AUGGAUCCUCUUAAGGUGGUGUUUCUGGGCCCAUUGGCAUCUUUCUCCCACCAGGUUUGUGUUGCCCCACAACUGAAAGUGACAAUUUCCCUACUUGACGUUGGGUUUGCUAAUUCUCGAAUCCAGGCAGCCGCAGAGUCAUUUGCCAAAAGCUCUUCAGUAUUACUCCCACAGGCGUCUUUUGCCGACGCCUUCUCCGCCAUCCAGAAACAAGAAGCAGACUACGCUGUUAUUCCCUGCGAGAACUCUACCAAUGGCUCCGUCGUUCAGACACUCGAUCUCCUCGCUGACCGAAACAACCAAUAUAACGACGUCAAAGUAUGCGGCGAAUACUACCUUACAGUCCGCCACUGCCUUUUGGUUAAUAAAGGGUCAUAUCCCAAUGGUUGGACUGGGUAUGAUGGCUCAAUCCGAAAACUAUAUACCCAUCCACAAGUGUGGGGACAGUGCGACAAGUUCCUCUCGCAGUACUUCAAGGACAUUGAGAGACAAGACGUAUCAUCUACGUCCAAAGCGGCUGAGAUAGUGGCUGAGGAGCCUAAUGAAAAGACCGCGGCCAUUGCAAGCCGGUUUGCCGCGGAGUAUCAUGGUGUAAACGUGCUGAAAGAGAACAUUGAGGACCGAGCUGAUAAUACAACUCGGUUCCUGAUUCUGAGGAAUGUCCUCGUCGAACGGACCGCCCGCUUGGAUCUUGACAUAUCCAGCCUGACCACUACGCAAGAUGAGUCGUUAAAUACACACAAGACACUCAUCUCCUUUUCCGUCAAUCAUACUUCCCCGGGUGCUUUGGCUGACGCAUUGGUUAUAUUCAAAACACACGGCCUGAACCUAACUACGAUCAAUACCAGGCCAAGCCUACGGCGUGCCUGGCAGUAUAUAUUCUUUGUGGAGUGUGGGUGCACACCCUCAGAUCAGAACAGAGAUGCGGUGUCGAAAGCCCUCAACGAUCUACGCCAAGUCACUGAGGCCUGCAGGGAUCUGGGAACUUGGAGAGACCGGCUGGGCCAAAGCAGAUCUCGUGCUUCUCUUCUUUCGCUCGGCCAGCAUUAUUUUGAUGAUUCACGAAUGGGCAAAUGCAUCCAACCGCACGGUAGUGAUACCGCUACCUGA